CGUAACUCUGAAUGCACGCGGAUUCGUUGCUGCAAUGGAAGCUCGUUGGUUACGGGCGUAAAGUUUUGCUGAAAGUAAGCCUUUUCUAUCCCGCCGGUUAGUUUUCGGAAGCCAUUACUCAACGGAAAAUGUAGCGUCGGUGGUGUGACUCUUGUUUGUAUUACUACUCCACCCACAACAUCAGAAACUUGGAUUAUUUUAGAGAGCGCGAAUGCGUUUUUCCGCGGAAAUGCUGGAUUUUUUCGAUUGCUUCCCACUUUCUUGUGCUUUGGGUGGAGGGACGUGAGAGUGGUUCGAUGGUCUGCUCGGGGGAGGAAGAUAGUGUAUAUAAGAUGGUUUCACGACUCUUUCUUUUUCUUCUUUUAAUUUGGAGAAAGUAUCACUAGCUCUGAUAUAUUCGCCGCUGAUUGCUAUAUCAUUAUUUCGAAGCUAGAAGCAUUGAGAGUGUUUCCGCGGGUUCCACAUCUACAACACAGAAUAUUCCCACUGGAGAACAGAGAAGAAAACGAGAUCAUAAACAGAUAUCCACGAUUCAACUCAUCUACCCGAACCUCCCCAAGAUCCAGAAAAUCCAGAAAGAAAAAACAGAACAACCCCAACAAAUCCAACAUCAAAAUGCCUCCCCACGCGCCCCUAACCCCUUCCCAAAUCACCACCAUAAAAGCCACCGUCCCCGUCCUCGCCGCCCACGGCAAAGAAAUAACAACCCGCUUCUACGCCGACGUCAUCACCUCCAACCCAGCCCUAAAAUCCGUCUUCAACAACACCCACCAAGCAACGGGCCACCAAGCGACGGCGCUCGCAGGCGCCCUCUACGCCUACGCAGCGCACAUCGACGACCUCUCAGCACUAACCCCAGCCGUCGAGCUCAUCACGCACAAACACGCCAGUCUCGUCAUCCAGCCCGCGCAGUACGAAGUCGUGGGCACGUACCUCCUCAAAAACAUGAAACUCGUCCUUGGAGACGCGGCGACGGACGAGAUUAUGGAUGCGUGGGGCGCGGCGUAUUGGCAGCUCGCUGACCUGCUGAUCGCGAAGGAGAAGGAGUUAUACGAUAGCACGAACGGGUGGGACGGAUGGCGGGAUUUCAAGAUUACGCGGAAAGAGAAGGAGAGUGAGGCUAUAACAUCGUUUUACCUCGAACCCGUUGACGAAGCGCUGAAGAGACGGGCAGAGAGGUUAGCGUAUAAACCUGGGCAGUACAUCAGCGUGAACCUGUUUGUGGAGGAAUUGGACGGCGGGGUGUGGCAGGCGAGACAGUAUAGUCUGAGCGAUGCGCCUGGGAAGGGGUAUUUGAGGAUCAGUGUCAAGAGGGAGGAUGCGGUGGAGAUUGGGGAGCCUAGGCAUAUGGCUGAGCCGGGGUAUUUGUCGAAUAUUCUGCAUGCGAGGAAGGAGGUUGGGGAUGUGGUCAAUAUUACGCAUCCGUUUGGGGAUUUCUGGUAUGAGGAAGGGGAAGUGAGUGCGGAUGCGCCGGUUGUGUUGAUAUCGGCUGGUGUGGGGUUGACGUGCUUGAUGAGUAUAUUGAAGACGGUUGUUGGGGAGGGUAAGGGGAGGCCUGUGGCUUGGAUUCAUGGUUCGAGGGAUGAGAAGACGAGGGCGUUUAGGAGGGAGGUUGGGAAGAUGGCGGCGAGGGAUGAGAAGUUGAGGACGGUGUUUUUCUCGUCUUCGCCUGCGGACGGAGAGGAACAAGGACGGGAUUACGACGUCAAAGGGAGAGUGGAUUUGGAUCAGGUGGAUAAAAAGGUGCUCUUCAUGGACAAUGAUCAGGCACUGUACUUUGUCUGCGGACCAACGCAGUUCAUGCUCGACGUCGAGAGCAAGCUCAAGAGCCUGGGGGUUUCGGGUAACAGGAUCAAGAUGGAAUUGUUCGGCACUGGAGGUGUACCGAAAGUAUAG